CUUCAUACUCUUAUAGUAUUAAUAUAAAAUCAAAUUACUGUUUACAUUUUUCACAAUAUCAAAUAAUUAUUUUCAGUUACCAUGUAAUAUGCCCUCUCAUCCUCAUCAAACUUAGGUAAAUAAACUAUAUUUGAUGCAAAGUAAUUAUUUUUGUUUAUAUGUGAUACAUAAAGAUUUACCUAAAAGUAAAGACUCAAUGGUUCAAUUGUUAAGGUGAAAAUGAAUGUAUUUUUAGAGAUAUUAAAUAGAUAGGUGUGUUAUUAAUUAUUAGACAUAUUAAUUUUAUUGGUUUAUAUUAGAUAAUAGUUUGUCUGUUAUAGAUGGUAAAUGUUUAAAUAUUUUUAUUUUGUUUUUGUGUAAUCAACAUUCCAUUAUUCCACCAACUACCGAGAUAAUAUCUCAUCAGAAUUAUUGUGUAUGUAAUGAAAUAAAUUAUUUUAACGUGCAUAUUUGUUCACCACACCAUAAAUGAAGUUUUUGUUUCUAUUAUUAUUAUAACUUAUAAUAUACUUAUUAUUCAUGAUAUUCUAUAUUUGYAUACAAAUAUUUAAUAGCUAAAAUGUCAAUUUUUUAAUUAAUUGAUUUUAUUAUAAUUUUUCAAUUAUUUGAUUUAUUAUAUUUAAUUUUUCCAUAAUUAAUUCUAUUUGGAACACUUAAAUUACUUAUAGUGCCUCUAAUUUAAUGUAAUGUAUGUAAGACUCUAAGAAAUCAGUAAUCAAAAUUAUAUGUGUUGACUUAUAUACAGCUCCGCUAACCUUUCCCGUAUCGCUGCGCCAAAAUACGUCCAGUCGAAUAUGUGUCGAUAUAUGCGACCCACGCGCAGCAUCAUACUUUUUUUUCUAUGUAAUGUAUGUAAUUUGUUCGAUCGCGGAACUGUUUUUUUGGCCACCUAUUUAUGUUUGCUCGAUAACACAGGUCCGGCAAAGCUCCCCUCUCCACUGUCCGGUGACAGUUCGUCAGCCGAUGACCGAGCCGCCAGCCAACCUGGCGUCUGCGAGUUUUUGUCUUUUUCCAACGGUCGAACUGAGCACAACGUCGUGCUCGUUCACCGUCUUUGUGUGUUGCAAAAAAUCUCGUGUGAUCACGUGGUGUCAUUUUUCCACUUCGAACUUAUAAUCGGGUGUGUCAAGCUUGUACCAAGCUAAGUUUAAUUCUCGUUUGAAUUCGUCAACGAAGAGCUAGUCCCCAUUAGCUGCAGUUGUCGUUCUGCAUCAAGGGACCAGAUUGUCCAGUGCUGUUGCAAUCAGAUAUGUUCAGAUAUGGUCAAUUCAAACUUCGCUGUGGAUAGACUAUCGAAAACGACGAUGUUUUUGCUCUUAGUGACUUUUGUUGUGCCAUCUUUAGCUGCAGAUAUUUUAUAUCCAGUGGAAAGUGAAAGUCGUGAACUCCGUACUCUACAUGGCCUGUGGAACUUUAAAAUAUCUCCACUGUCUGAUCAAUUGAUUGGUUUUAAUGAAAAAUGGUAUGCAAAGAGAUUCGAAACACUUGGUGAUUAUUGGAAAAUGCCCGUUCCAUCGAGUUACAAUGAUGUUUCUACCAACUCUACCAUAAGAGAUUACGUCGGAUGGUCGUGGUAUCAAUACGAGUUUUAUGUACCAAAAAGAUGGACUGAUGAUCAACUGAACGUAUUUUUGCGGUUUGGCAGUGUGCAUUUCAAGUCAAUUGUGUGGUUAAAUGGUCAAUUGUGUGUGGAGCACGAAGGUGGCCAUUUACCAUUUAUUGGUAACGCUACUAGUUUUCUUAAAUAUGGUGAACUUAAUUUAAUUGUCGUUGCCGUUAAUAAUACUCUGCGACCGGACACUAUACCACAAGGAUAUACGCAAUUUCCGAAUAACACAUACAAGUAUCCAAAAGAUUAUAGAAUAUACUCUCAUGAGUUUGACUACUUUGAUUAUUCCGGUAUUAAUAGAGCUGUUUAUUUAUAUACGACGCCAAAAGUUUACGUUUGUGACAUUACCGUAUUAACAAGUUUUGGAAAUAAUUCAGAAGGAGUCGUCGAUUACAAAGUCGAUAUUUGUGGGAAUAGUGUUUCUGAAUGUAAUAUUACACUUUUGGAUGCUAAUCGAAGUAUAGUAGUUGAAUCGAAUACAUGUUCUGGACAGUUAAUAAUACCAAAUGUAAUCCCUUGGUGGCCAAAUAUGUCUGGAAAAAAACACAUAGCAUACUUAUAUACUUUUCAGGUGAAGACCAACCAUGAAAAUGGUGAUUAUUAUCGUAUGAAAAUUGGUGUUCGAACACUUCAAUGGACAUCAAAAGAAUUAUUGCUAAAUAACGAACCAAUGUACUUAAGAGGAUUUGGAAAACACGAAGAUUCUAUAAUACGAGGAAGAGGUUAUGAUGAUGCAUUAAGUGCCAGAGACUUUUAUUUAAUAAAAUGGUUAGGUGCUAAUUCUUUUCGUACAUCACAUUACCCUUACGCAGAAGAAACAUUACAGCAAGCCGAUUCAGAAGGUAUAUUGGUAAUUGUGGAAAGUGCUGCAUGCAACUUAAGAAUAUUUGGACCAGAUGUAUUAAGAUUCCAUAAAGGUGUAAUGACGGAAAACGUGAAUCGUGACAAAAAUCAUCCUAGUGUUAUUAUGUGGUCAUUGGCUAACGAACCGUAUAACAAUGUAGAAUUAUCUGUACCAUAUUUCCAAGAACUUUACCAACACGUACGAAAAAUCGAUCCAUCAAGACCAAUAACUUUUGUCAAUAGCCAACAAAUUCAAAAUGCUAAAGCGAUUGAAUAUAUGGAUGUUCUAACAUUAAACCGAUACAGUAGCUGGUAUAGUGAUUCAGGUCAUUUAGAGCUUAUUCAAUAUCAAAUAUACAAUGAACUUGAAGCUUUUACAAGAAAAUACAAGAAACCUAUACUAUUAACUGAGUAUGGUGCUGGAGCACUUUCUGGGUUACAUUCGCUACCAGAAACAAUGUGGAGUGAAGAUUAUUAUGUCACUCUGCUUCAAGAACAUUUCAAAACUUUUGAUUCAUUAAUAACUAACGGGAUUCCAAUUUUAGGAGAGAUGAUAUGGAAUUUUGCUGAUUUUAAAACACCACAAGAGUAUAUAAGACCAGGAUUAUGUGUAAAAGGAUUAUUUACCAGAGAACGACAACCAAAGAUGGCUGCAUACGUGGUCAAAGAACGUUAUAAUAAAUUCAAAAGUAACUCUCCAUGGCAGAAUCAAUCUUUAAAUUGUGUGUAAAUAUUUAAUAGAAAGUACGGAAUUAUAAAGCGAAUUCAAUAGUAAUAUUUAUAUAUAUAUAUAUACACAGGGUGAUUCAUGAGGUGUAAAACACUCAUUAUUUAUAAAA